AAUCAUCGCAUAGGAAGUGCACUUCACACACCGUAGAGCACUAUCAGCCAACUCGUCAGACUCAAAUCACUUGUCUGCCGUAAUCAGAACCUCAUAACUUGUUGUCAUCGUAUAACUCAGUAUUCGCCGUUCUCUUUGCUUGAUCCUUUGAAGAACCAUCGGUAGCCGGUAGCCGGUAGCUGCAAAUCUGUUUCCGUAUUUUCAUCAACUCCUGUGCUAAGUAAACUUGCAGAGAAUUAUACACCUGAGUCAAAGUGAAAGUCAACAUCGCUCUGCCCCGUGGAUAUUGUGCUGGAUUUAUAAAACUAUUAUUAAAACGUAACUCUCUCGGAAGCGUUCGUUUCUUCAUCAUUAUCUGUCUUGUGACUCCUCCUAAGGAUUUAACUCUUUCAAAACUCACUGAUGGAGAGUGGCAAAUCAUCCAAGAUCGCUGGACUAAUCACGACCGUAUCACAGCUGGUCUUGAAAGACAAACGCGCCAUUGAUUUGGGGAAAGAUCAGGGUGAUAAGAUUGAGAACUGUUCAAUGUCCAAGACUAUGACACGCUAUGUGAUACGUCGAGGACAGAUUGACGACUGUUCUCAGAUCUCAGUGCUUAUGAGGGAACUCGCAGAGAGUGAAGACUAUGGAGAUCGGGUGGAAGUCUCCGAAGAUGAUCUUCGUCGAGAUGGGUUUGGAGAUAAUCCUGUCUUCGAGAGCAUCGUCCUAGAAGACAGGGAGGCUGAUGAGGAAUCGUCUAUCUUGGGCUACGCCCUCUUUUUCAUGGGCUUCUGCUCCUGGAAGGGGCGUCUCCUCUAUCUUGAAGAUGUUUACAUCGAUUCCGAAUACAGAGGUACUGGGCUCGGCAUUGCUCUUCUCCACACAAUUGCUAAGAUCUCUGAGGAACGUGGUUGCAAGGCUAUCCAGGGUACUGUCGUUGAAUGGAACACGGAUGUCAUGAAGCUUUACAAACGGAUAGGGGCCACGGAUAUGACCGAAAAUGACAAAUAUCACCUCUUUGCUAUUGGUGGGACUGAUGUUAGUAGAUUCGCUAAGGCUAGGAUCCCUGCCUUAAAUAACGGAUCACAAAUCGUUACCUGUGAGCUGUGACAUUAUGACCAAACUAAGAAACAAUCAUAUGUUGGUUCGGAUAGUCAUGGUACCAAACGGUGAAGGUUCGUGUGGAAGCGAACAUACGAAGUUACCCGAACAUCCGAUGUUAACCGAACAGCCGAAGUAAAUUGAGUGGACUAGAAAUGUUGUGAGAUGUGACAUCAUUCGGCCAUGUGCCCUGCAUUGAACGCCGAUGGAAAAAGCGGAUUCGGGAAGUAGCACCAGGUCACUGUGAGAACCGACACCGUUUGACCUACGUCAUGCGUAGCAUAAUACUGCAGGGAUAUAAACCGAAGGUAAGAAGGACGGUCAGGCUCGCGGUCCUUUUAACAUUGCCGAUCUCGUGGAUUGUCGGUCUUCUUCGGUUUUCUAGCCGGUCCGAAUGAAGCAUGGUUCAGUGACAUUCUUGUACAACCGGAAUUCCGAAAAGCUUGUUAUACAUUAAAGGCCCCAUGAUCAUGUGUGCAGGCCUAAUGAUUAUGUUGUUUAAUGGAUGGAUUCCGGCAAAUUAUAAGCGAGAGUUGCGAGACAGAUAUGUAAAAUUUACAUAUCGAGGACUUUUAUCAUUGAAUUUUGCUUAUUUUUAUUUGACUAUCAUUGGGCUUAAAUAUCAUGCAUAUUUGUUUCACUAUAUCACCAUGAGUUAUAUCUAUGUUAGUCGCUAUUGAUCAUAAUAAUAAUAAUAAUAAUAAUAAUUAACCGUUCUUGUAUAGCGCAUAACACAUCGUAUUAAAACAUGUCCCUAAGCGCUCUAGAGAAAAACACAACAAAAUACAAAAACAAGAUGUACUGGGUAACAGACAAAAUGGAUGAAUUUAAUGUUAAAUAAGUGCGUCUUUAAAGCAAUCUUAAACUUAACAAUGGAGUCAAUGUUUUUUAAAUGUUCCGAUUGGUUUAAGCACUUGACUUGCAAAUUCAAAGGUCGUGAGUUCGAUCCCCGACACGGCACGAAUGUACUUUGGUCAAGGCAAUAAUGUACAUUUGCCACUCACUACCCAAGAGAGAAUUGGGGACCCGGUAGGACGACGAAAGCAUUUCUGUUAGGAAUUGCCUAUACGGUAGGAAUACUCCCCAGGGAGUGGAGUGGAGUGCAUAAUGUGCGUGAAUGAAUCCGAUGACCGGGUUAAUAACAUCUGUAAAGCGCUUAAAGAGACGGUAUUCCGUAAUAAGCGCUCUAUAAAUCCAGAUUAUUAUAUUAACUUUAGAAAAAGCAAUUCAGGAUUUCACUAGGAAUUGCCUAUACGGUAGGAAUACUUCCCAGGGAGUGGAGUGGAGUGCAUAAUGUGCGUGAAUGAAUCCGAUGACCGGGUUAAUAACAUCUGUAAAGCGCUUAAAGAGACGGUAUUCCGUAAUAAGCGCUCUAUAAAUCCAGAUUAUUAUAUUAACUUUAGAAAAAGCAAUUCAGGAUUUCACUAGGAAUUGCCUAUACCGUAGGAAUACUUCCCAGGGAGUGCAGUGGAGUGCAUAAUGUGCGUGAAUGAAUCCGAUGACCGGGUUAAUAACAUCUGUAAAGCGCUUAAAGAGACGGUAUUCCGUAAUAAGCGCUCUAUAAAUCCAGAUUAUUAUAUUAACUUUAGAAAAAGCAAUUCAGGAUUUCACUAGGAAUUGCCUAUACGGUAGGAAUACUUCCCAGGGAGUGCAGUGGAGUGCAUAAUGUGCGUGAAUGAAUCCGAUGACCGGGUUAAUAACAUCUGUAAAGCGCUUAAAGAGACGGUAUUCCGUAAUAAGCGCUCUAUAAAUCCAGAUUAUCGUAUUAACUUUAGAAAAAGCAGUUCAGGAUUUCACUAGUUCUUCAAUUAUUCAAUCAAAUCUGCCUUGGACUUAAAAUGGGGUUUAACCGUGGAUCUUUUUUAAAUUAAGCCAUUGUAUCAGAUUAGGACAUGACUGAUGAAUGUGAAGAUGAAAUAACUAAAA